GGAAACAAUGUGGAAAUCUACAUAAGGGCAUAAUGAUUUGCCCGCCACUUCAACGUCCACCGGAUCAUCAAAGGAUUCGUCAAAGGAAUCUUCGUGAAAUGUUGUUAUACAAAGAAAAAGUACAGGAAAAGAACGCAAUUUUGCAAUGUCUUAGAUAUAUAGUUGAUAACAACUUUUUUGGAGUUAUUACAAAUGAUUCUUUUAAAAAUGCAAAAGGUCCUUUAAUUGAA